GAGACGCUUCCCGCGGAUUCUCACACCUCAAACCCUCUUACCUCACACAUAGAUGCGGUCCUCCCGGAUGGAAUGUGACCUGUAUCAGACCGUGUUCUUAGUUGUUGUGUUGCCUGUGUUUGUAGCGGACGCUGCCGUGUACAGGACGGUGCCCCAGUCCACAGCUGUGCUGCUCGGCCACGACGUGACUCUGAACUGUUCCCUGUCCGGACUGUCCGAGCAGGACGUGGUCAACUGGCACUGGUACAACCGGGCUUCUCAGGACAAGUUUCGCCACAUCUCGGCCGGUAGUGUGGUGAGGAACGAGCUCUCCCGCUACUCCAUCGUGGGCGACACGGGAGGAGGGGAGUUUAACUUGAGGAUACAGAACGCCCGGCUGGAGGACGAGGGGAAGUACCAGUGCAGUGUGUUCUCUGUGGACGGAGUCAGCAGGGAUGCCAAGUUAACGGUUGUCGUGCCGCCGCCUGAACCACCCAGGAUAACGGGUAAUUCCAACCCUCAUCUUAUUGGGGAGGGGGCGGUGCUAACAUGCCGCUCGGAGGGAGGAAGCCCCCUCCCCCGCCUGUCCUGGUACAACGGUACGGUACAGCAUAACCAGUCGGACACGAAGCUGUCAGGGAACGGGGUGGAGGUGAAUUUCCUGGUGCCGCUGCUGACGAAGUGGCACAACGGGGCGAACCUCAGCUGCAGGGCGGACCAGCGGUUCCCGGGAACCGUUCAACCUCAGGUCGCCUGGACUAUCCUGGACGUGCAGUAUCCUCCCGCGGUGACCGUGCCACGACCCCAGAUCACAGUAGUGGAGGGCGGCUCCGCCAACCUUACCUGUCUGGUGGACAGUAACCCGGUCUCCGACAUCACGUGGUCACGACUCGGGGACCAUCUACCCCCAAGGCUGGAGGUCAGAGGCCAGGAGUUGCACAUCCCGGUGGUGUCCCGGUCAGACAGCGGCACGUACCAGUGUGAGGCGGACAGCAGUGUCGGGCAGGGCGCCAGGGGACUCAUCAACCUAAAUGUUCUCUACCCUUCCUCGAUAAGUAGAACGUUCGACUCAGAGAUCAGCGUCUUGUACGGCCAAGACGUCUUGAGGCUGGAGUGUGUGGCUGACGGGAACCCCAAACCUCGGGUGUGGUGGAGACGGAACGACACCAACAGUCUGUAUGAGAACCCGCUCACCCUGUCUCCCAUGGACUACAGAGCGGAGGGGCUGUACGAGUGCGUGGCCGACAACGACGCGUUCCUGGAGGCGAGAAGACGGACCAAAAUUGAUGUAAUAGGCAGACCGGACGUUCUGAGCGAGUCGGCAGUGAUAUCCGUGUCGGAAGGGGAGCAGGUCAUCCUCACCUGUAACAUCUCGGCUGACCCCGUGUCAGAGGUCACCUGGAUCCUGAGGAGGCCUGACGGCGGAGAGGCCAGGUACAAGGUCGGCGAGACGGGUCACGUCAAGGUCACUGCGCAUGCGGGCAGCGUCAUGUGCAGCGAGUUGAGGAUUGACUCCACGUACGCGUCUGACGCGGGGGACUACAUGUGCAAGGCCACCAACAUCUUCGGCUCCGACCAGCAGGAGUUCAGAGUUAGCGUCAAAGCCUCCCGUACCAUGGUCAUCGCCAUCUCCACCGCGGCAGCUGCAUCCGGGACAUUGCUGCUCAUCAUGAUCGUGUUUUGUUUCCGCUGGUGGUUGCGCAGGCGCAAAACAUCAGCCACCGCUGCCAAGACAUCUGAAGCUUUCAUCCGCUGCCCGGCCUCAGAGAUGAAGAAACCAGUCAACAAUUACUGCGAAAGUCCAAGGUUAAAGGCGAGUAUGGUUGAGGUCCAUCAGCUGAAUGGUGCCCUGAAGCAGCGGACCUGCUCAACACUUGUGGACGACGACUCACCCUGUGAUGAGCUCUUCUUCCCUUUCCCAACAGAAGUGAGAAAAGAGUACGUCACGUUAGACAGACGGGUGUGUGGGGAGGACGACAGUCUGACCUGGGACAGUACCUACUACAUCCGGGAACUUCAGAAACUGCCCACCAACACUGGUACCAAGGAGAAGCAUCACGGCACGACGUCAAGAAGACGCUCAGACCACGCCCAUGACGCGGGAGGACUGUUGGACCGCUCCGGCUCCAGACAGCACGUCGACGCGCCCACUUUAAAAGACCACCACAGAGUUCGCCCGGACUUCGUCCCGCGGACAGAAAGUCAGCGCAAACUGCGAACUUACAGAGCCGAGAACAGACCGCCGCACUCUGGUACAGCAUACAAUGAGAACCUAAAGAAUCAUCACGUAGAUCGCGGGGGGAAACCAGGGGACAGAUCACCGGGAAAAUACAGCCCUGAAAGAUCACAAACAAGAGAUAUUACUGAUGUAGACUACAGGGCUACUCGCCAGCAGCUCGAGUCUAAUAGACCCCGGUCCUCGCGACCGCGCCGCCCGGAUGUGCAGAGACCUGGUCACGGCAGGGUGUACAGAGAUCACUUCAUCAGGGAGGAGGAAUAUGGCGAGCGACAGGACAGACAAACACAGAGAAAGAAACAACUUGUGGCUAAUUUGGACCCCGUCGGACAAUAACUGACGAAUUCCAAUGUUUAAUCAAUAUCUAGUAUUUCUUGUUAUUUGUUUUGAGAGUUACAACUAAUGGGUACAGACAUUGACUGCAGCAGUCGGAAGUUAACUUGUAAUGUGGACGGUACCUUCAGUAUUCACAGUCUGACCAUGGCGUUUGUUCUAUCUGUAACUUUGAAUCUUGUGUCAAACUGCCGACAUGUGUCGUCCUGCCGCGCCUGUACAAACAGCCGUUCCCUCGGACCGGAUUACUCCAAGACAAGACGGAAAUCAAGACAAAUUUCUCAUCCUCUACAGUCAAAGACCAGACCUGUCUCUGCCCGGUGCAUGAUGGAGUAGGCCCACUCCCCUGGUCUCCAGGGAUACAAAAUUACCAGUGGUUUGGGAGGAACAGCUGAUCAGAUACGACAAGUGCAUUAUUCUUGCGUGUGGCUUCAGCGGUGGAAGCAAUUAGCAUUCUAUACGGAAACAAUCAGAGGACUGCUAUGAAAAAUUUACAAGCGCUCGCUGUCAAUGGGUUUUACUUUUUCCUGUUGUUCUGAGUGUCAAACUUCUUUCAAACCCGCCAUACAGAACAGUUCUUUAUGUACCCAGGAGACCACGUCGAUCCCCGAGGUCUCUUUACAGGUCAAAGUUUUAGGAAAGUAGCGAAGCAAAUUUCCGCUGACUCGCCGUAACAGUUUGCGAGGGAUUUUCCGGCCAGACAGUCCAGUUUAGUGUGAGAAAUCAUCAUACAGAACUCGCUGGUUUGAUCUUCUGUGGCGCCUGUGGGCACAGUUUUGUUAGAGCUGGGCUUCAGGCUCAAUUAUGGAAAACUUCCCGAAGCCGCUUAUCUGGAAUCUUAUCUGCAACUCAUGAAUCCUGUCGCUGCUUUUUACGCCAUCAUCCAUCUACUACUGCCCACCAAAAUAUGUGGAUUUCGUGGUUUUAAAUGUAGUUUGUCUCGUCUUUUAUAUCUUGAAAAUACCAACCCUGACAUACAUGUAGGUAUUUUAUUGGCGACGGUUUCAAAUCUGAAUGUAGGAACGGGUCCGGAUAAUAUCUAAAUAUAAUGCAACAGGGAGUUGGCAUGAAUGCUGACUAUUUCCCCAGAAAGUAGAUGAUCCUACUUUCCCACAGGAUCAGUACAGGUUCUAUCUAUCAUCUCCCCCACCAAUCGCAGGGGUACACUUAAGAAGAUAGAGCGGCAAUUCUUAACAGGGAUACAUGAUUGUAAUUCAUCACAUCCGCACACCAAUUGUGCGAAGGAAAUCAGUCAUCAAUUAGAGGGUGUUCUUUGCUGCCUUGUGUUUAACAACAUGACAAAAGUUCCCACUCGAUGACAAGAGUCGAUAUUUCAU